UCACUCCCAUCACAAUCACUGAUAAGACUCAUUGAAUUCGAAUCGUUAUGGCUACACAGUCGUCAAUUUCGCAACCGCCGCUUCCACUCGCCGGUAGAGUCGCCAUUGUUACCGGCUCUUCCCGUGGUAUUGGUCGAGCGAUAGCGAUCCACUUAGCUGAACUCGGUGCGAGGAUUGUUAUCAACUACACCUCUAAAGCCGCAGACGCCGAGCGUGUCGCGUCAGAGAUCAACGAUUUUCCGGUUAGGGAAGAAAUCACUGGAAAGGGACCAAGAGCUAUUGUGGUUCAGGCCAAUGUCUCCGAGCCAAGUCAGGUGAAAUCGAUGUUUGAUGCGGCGGAGCGUGGCUUUGAAGCGCCGGUUCACAUUCUGGUUAACUCUGCUGGAAUCCUCGAUCCCAAGUACCCUACGAUUGCAGACACAUCAGUCGAAGAUUUCGAUCGCACCUUCAGUGUCAAUACAAAAGGAGCGUUCCUGUGUAGCAAGGAAGCUGCCAAUAGGCUAAAACAAGGAGGUGGUGGUCGGAUCAUACUCGUGACAUCUUCCACGACCCGAUCCUUGAGACAGGGCUUUGGUGCCUAUGCAGCAUCAAAGGCAGCUGUGGAAACUAUGGUCAAGAUUCUUGCAAAAGAGCUCAAAGGAACAGGAAUCACUGCAAACUGUGUUGCUCCAGGACCCAUCGCCACUGAGAUGUUCUUUGAUGGAAAAACCCCGGAGUUGGUGGAAAAGAUAGCUGCAGAGUCUCCCUUUGGGAGGGUCGGUGAAGCCAAAGACGUGGUGCCUCUUGUUGGGUUCUUGGCUGGUGACGGUGGUGAAUGGGUCAAUGGUCAAAUCAUUCCCGUUAAUGGUGGAUAUGUGUAAAAGGUUUGGUCUUGAGAGGAGCCUCUUCCUGAUACAUCUUGAGAAGCAAAUGUAGGGGUUAAGUUGUUAAAAAAAAACAUUGGGGUUC